GCCAGCCAGAUAGCCUAGGCUCUACCCAAAAGAGGAAGAAGGAUAACAUAUCAAAAAAUCAGCUGACCUGAAAUUGUUGUUUUCCCGACGUUACUAGCUCCCGGACUAUUUUUGAUAUGUGUUUAGAAGAAAAUUCAGUUUUAAAAUUUGACUUGUUAUGCAAGGAGGGUCCAAGUCAUAUUGUUAGACAAAGAAAAAGAUUAGGUGAAUUUUCUACAUUGUACGAAACCCUACGAUCAGACGAAAACAAAUUCUACGAGUAUACAAGAAUGUCAGUGCCAACUUUCGACUACAUAUUGGAAAAAAUAGAUGCUCGUUUAAAGUUAACAGCCACUAACUUUCAUAUAUCAGAUUCAAUAACGUCUGCAGAAAAAUUAAUCGUGACCUUAAGAUAUCUUGCUACUGGAACAUCUUUUCGAGCACUGGCUUUUAGUUUUCGAAUGGGGAAAACAACAGUAGCCGACAUUGUUUAUGCAACUUGUUCAGCUAUAUGGCAGCAAUUGGUUGAAGUACAUAUGGCACGGCCAACGCAAGAGGACUUCAAAAAUAUAGCAAAUGACUAUUACAGACUAUGGCAGUUCCCUAUGUGUUUAGGAUCUAUUGACGGCAAACACUGCAGAAUGAAGUGUCCCGCUAAGUCUGGCUCUUCGUUUUACAAUUACAAGCAAUAUUUUUCCAUAAUACUACAAGGUGUGGCGGAUGCAAAUAAACGAUUUAUCUCCAUAGAAGUAGGAGGAAAAGGCAAACAAAGUGAUGGAGGGACUUUUCAUUAUUCAACGUUGAACAGUUUGAUGGAAAAUGGAGGACUACAUAUUCCUCCACCCGAUAAUUUACCAGGGACCACAUUAGAAUCUCCUUAUGAUUUUCUGGGAGAUGAAGCCUACCCUUUGAAAAUACAUUUAAUGCGGCCGUUUCCAUCAAGAAACCUGAAUGAUAAAAAUGAGUAUUUCAAUAAACGUCUCUCACGUGCACGAAAAUGUAUUGAAUGUGCUUUUGGUAUUUUAUACGCAAAAUGGCGUAUUUUCAGUAAGCCGAUCGAAACAAAUGUAGAACACGCAUGUUUAAUAAUAAAAACCGCUUGCCUUCUACACAAUGUCAUACGUGAUCUCGAAGGAAAUGAUUGUAAUUCUCAAAACUAUGACACAAAUCUGACUCCUGGGGCACAUUAUGCUGAUCUCAAUAGAAGAAACAACAGUUCUUCUCAGGCCGCGAGAAAUAUACGGAACCAAUUCGCUAACUACUUUUGGGAUAGGAAAAUAUAAUGUUUACAAAAUAUGUUCAGUUAUUUUCAGUAUGUAAUGUAAUGAAAAUGUAAUAAAAUAUUAC